CCGCAGCCAAUCGGCGGGGCGCCAAGCCGCGCGCCGACCAAUCGCCUGCGAGCUCCGUCCAGAGUAAUGUUAGAGAACGGAGGAGUGAAGACGCUGCGUAUCCCUCACACAACAGCCAUUGCCGAGCAUUAAAAGCCCGACCACAGUCGUUUGAUAUUGUUUGGCUUCAGGUGUUUUCCACGCCAGGAUGAGGAAAGAUCCGGCAAAGCCCAGGGGCAAGAUGUCCUCCUACGCCUACUUUGUGCAGACCUGCAGAGAGGAGCACAAGAAGAAGCAUCCCGAGGCCUCGGUCAACUUUUCCGAAUUCUCCAAGAAGUGCUCCGAGAGAUGGAAGACCAUGUCCGCAAAGGAGAAGGGCAAGUUUGAGGACCUGGCCAAGCAGGAUAAGGCCCGUUAUGAACGGGAAAUGAUGAACUACGUGCCAGCCCGCGGAGGGAAGAAUAAGAAGUUCAAGGACCCCAAUGCUCCCAAGAGGCCCCCGUCUGCCUUCUUCAUCUUCUGCUCUGAGUACCGUCCCAAGGUGAAGGGUGAGACUCCAGGACUGACCAUCGGGGACGUGGCCAAGAAGCUCGGGGAGAUGUGGAACAGAACCUCGGCCGAGAGCAGGGUGCCCUUCGAGAAGAAAGCAGACAAGCUGAAGGAGAAGUACAAGAAGGACGUGGCAGCAUACCGCGCCAAGGGCAAGGCGGGCGGCGGCAGCGCCCCAGUGGCCAAAGCGGCGGCUAAGGCGGCGAAGGAUGACGACGACGACGAGGACGACGACGAAGACGAGGAGGACGACGAGGAGGACGAGGAUGACGAGGACGAUGACGACGAGUAAUCGGUUCGUCCUGGUCAGUCCCGAUCGUGUGGCGGCGGCGGUGGUGGUGAUGUUUUUUUGUAAAGCAUUUAAGACGCCCCUUGUACACACUUACAAACGCAAAUCCAUUUAGUCGCAUGUGAGGGGCGGAAGGUUGGGUAGGGGUGUUAAAAAAAAAAAAAAUGCAGAAAAAGGCUGUGUAUAUCACUUGUUUUUAUGCUGUACAGUUUGUUUCUCCUUUUUGUAUAGUUAACACUACACACGUCUGGUGUUCAUGUCCUCUUCCAGUAUUUAGCCUAGCGAGAUGUGCACAGCACAUAAAAAAACGAAAAAUAUUAGAUCUUAUGAGUGUUUCUCUGUUCUUUCGUUUCAUUGCUGUUGAACGUAUCCUUUUAUUGAUCUUUACGUACCACUGUCCUAGCAACACAAUGGGGUAGGGGGGGAGCUUCCUUUAUUGUUAAAGAUUAAAUUGCUUCUGAUGUCAAUAAACAUUUUUGUAAUA